CCCUGAGGGGAGAUGGAUUUAAAGGUGAAGGAUGUGAACGGGUCGAACUGUUUGUCCCGGAAUGAGAGCGACCGCGGACUGAGCGCUUCUUCCACCGGGGUGUCCACUGCGCUGGCCAGCGUGCUGAUCUUCACCAUUGUGGUGGACAUCCUGGGCAAUGUCCUCGUCAUCCUGUCCGUGUACAGGAACAAAAAGCUCAGGAAUGCAGGCAACAUCUUCGUGGUGAGUUUAUCCGUAGCAGACCUGGUGGUGGCGUUGUACCCCUACCCUCUGGUCCUGACAGCCAUCUUCCACGACGACUGGACCAUGGGCGACCUGCACUGCCAGGCCAGUGGCUUCAUCAUGGGCCUAAGUGUCAUCGGCUCCAUCUUCAACAUCACGGCCAUUGCCAUCAACCGGUACUGCUACAUCUGCCACAGCCUCCACUACGACCGGCUGUACAGCCUGAGGAACACCUGCUGCUACCUGGGCCUCACCUGGCUGCUCACCGCCCUCGCCACAGUGCCCAACUUUUUUGUCGGCUCGCUGCAGUACGACCCUCGCAUCUACUCCUGCACCUUCGCCCAGACGGUCAGCUCAUACUACACCAUCUCAGUGGUGGUUAUUCACUUUCUGAUCCCACUGCUGGUGGUGUCCUACUGCUACAUGAGGAUAUGGGUGCUAGUGAUUCAAGUGAAACAUCGAGUUAAACCGGAGCAAAGGACCAAACUGAAACCUAGUGAUGUGAGGAACUUCCUGACUAUGUUCAUGGUGUUUGUGUUGUUUGCAGUGUGCUGGGCUCCACUGAACCUCAUAGGCCUGGCUGUGGCUAUAAACCCUGUAAAAGUUGCGCCCAACAUACCUGAGUGGCUCUUUGUCACAAGCUACUUUAUGGCGUACUUCAACAGCUGCCUCAACGCCGUCAUAUACGGACUUCUAAACCAAAACUUUCGCAAAGAAUACAAGACGAUCCUUCUUGCUCUUUGUCUGCCACGUCUGCUCCUCAUGGAGACUUCCAGGUGUGCCACGGAGGGACUAAAGAGUAAGCCUUCUCCGGCUGUAACAAACAACAAUGUAGCAGAGCUAAAUGUAUAAACUUCUUGUUUUACUGCGAAACUUUUUUUAUAGUUUCUCCAGAGCCUCAUUGUGGAUGUGUGCCAUGAAUCACCCAGUGCCUUUUCAACAAGAUUUGUAUCGUUUUCCAGUUGUAAAGAUGUAAUCAUGUUUGGAGAGGACUCUGCUGCCAUCAUAAUCCUUUCAGCCUUGUCAGACAUUGUUCCCUCAUGUUGAGCGGAAGAAAAAAAAAUUGUAUCACUGGUACAUUUCGCUCCUUCGUCACCCUACACUCUAUUGAAAAUCAAGUCCAGGUAAUACUUUGAGUCAAUUCAUACUGUAUAGCUAAAUAUAAUAAUGGAUGAUUACACUUUUCAGGCCACCUUCUUAGCACAGGUUAAUCAUGUGCACAAAAAUGACUCACUGCCUAUUUGCAAAAAUAUGUCAACAA